AUGACUAAGGCCUAUGCCACUGUCUCUUUCAUCCCACCGACAAUUGUUACCACCGAUGACUUCUACAAUGAUGGUAUAGCUUCCGACUCAUUGUUGCCGCUAGGAAUCUACAUUGAUGUUGAGUUGGAUGUUAGGGUAGAGAUCACCACACCAAACAAAGGUGAUGUACCUAUUGAAGGGAAGGUGUCCGAUGUAACUUGUAGUAAGUUUCAGAUUAAGAGGAAGAUUACGCCUAAGCGUCGGGUGAAUCUAGAUAGGCCGAAGUGGUUGCCAGAGAAUUGGAGGUUUGAAACAAAAGUCUGUACUGGUGGAGCCACAUCAGAAAAAAAAAAAGAUAGAUACAAUUUUGAACCGGUGUCCGGGAGUAAAUUCAGGUCAAAGGAUGAGGGGGAUCAUUUUCUAAAAACAGGUCACAUGCGUAAGAGGGAAAAAUUUGACCUUAACCGUGAUGUUGCUACACCAUCUGAGGGAUAA